UUUGACAUACUGUAUAGACUGUGGACGCUGUCUUACAAUUUUCUUACCGGAAUUGUUUGUGCGACGCUGUCUGUCAUCGUCCGGAGACGAAGAGCUUCCCCAGCCCGGCGAGAUCGUCCCUGCACACCGAGGGUCCUAAUGAAAAUGGAUGCAGACUUGCUACAUUUGCCAUCUGUGGGCUUUGCCGAGGAGGAGGCCGACAUGAAUGACUGGGAGCUGCCCCUGGCCUUCAUGAAGAAACGGCACUCGGAGAAGAUUGAGGGAUCUAAGGCCCUUGCACAAAGCUGGAGGAUGAAGGACAGGAUGAAGACUGUAAGUGUAGCACUGGUGUUGUGUCUCAAUGUGGGAGUGGACCCCCCAGAUGUUGUCAAGACAUCCCCCUGCGCCAGAUUGGAGUGCUGGAUAGAUCCUCUGUCGAUGAGUCCACAGAAAGCCCUGGAAACCAUUGGGGCCAACCUGCAGAAGCAAUAUGAAAAUUGGCAGCCAAGGGCACGUUACAAACAAAGCCUGGACCCCACAGUGGAUGAGGUGAAAAAGCUAUGCACGUCUCUCAGGCGAAAUGCCAAAGAGGAGCGGGUCCUCUUUCACUACAAUGGCCAUGGGGUUCCACGGCCCACUGUCAAUGGAGAAAUUUGGGUUUUUAAUAAGAACUACACCCAGUACAUCCCGCUGUCCAUCUAUGACCUUCAGACCUGGAUGGGGAGCCCCUCCAUUUUUGUUUAUGACUGCUCCAAUGCUGGAAUCAUUGUCACGUCCUUCAAACAGUUCGCCCUGCAGCGAGAACAGGAGCUGGAGGUGGCCGCUAUCAAUCCUAGCCAUCCACUUGCUCAGAUGCCGCUGCCACCUUCCAUGAAGAACUGUAUCCAGCUGGCUGCCUGCGAAGCUAGCGAGUUGCUACCAAUGAACCCUGACCUCCCCGCUGACCUUUUCACCUCCUGCCUCACCACACCUAUAAAGAUUGCCUUGCGGUGGUUUUGCAUGCAGAAGAGUGCUAAGUUGGUGCCUGGGGUGACGCUAGACCUUAUUGAGAAGAUCCCUGGCAGACUCAACGACAGGCGCACACCCCUCGGAGAACUCAACUGGAUUUUCACAGCCAUCACUGAUACCAUUGCCUGGAACGUGUUGCCCCGAGAUUUGUUCCAGAAGCUGUUUCGUCAGGAUCUUCUGGUGGCCAGCUUGUUCCGCAAUUUUCUAUUAGCAGAGAGGAUAAUGAGGUCAUACAACUGUACACCUGUCAGCAGCCCUCGCUUGCCUCCAACAUACAUGCAUGCCAUGUGGCAAGCGUGGGACCUGGCUGUGGAUAUCUGCUUGUCUCAGCUGCCAACCAUCAUUGAGGAGGGCACCGCAUUCAGGCACAGUCCUUUCUUCGCAGAACAGCUGACAGCUUUUCAGGUGUGGUUGACAAUGGGCGUAGAGAACCGGAAUCCUCCUGAGCAACUCCCAAUUGUCCUGCAGGUCCUUCUCAGCCAAGUGCAUCGGCUUCGGGCCCUAGACCUUCUUGGAUGUUUUCUGGACCUUGGACCCUGGGCUGUUAGUCUGGCCCUGUCUGUUGGAAUCUUCCCAUAUGUGUUGAAGCUGCUACAAAGCUCAGCCAGAGAGCUGCGGCCACUUCUGGUUUUCAUCUGGGCUAAAAUCCUAGCCGUGGACAGUUCCUGUCAAGCUGACCUGGUCAAAGACAACGGUCACAAGUACUUCCUCUCUGUGUUGGCUGACAGCUACAUGCCCGCUGAACAUCGGACCAUGGCUGUCUUCAUAUUGGCUGUUAUUGUGAACAGCUAUAGCACAGGACAGGAGGCCUGUCUGCAGGGUAACCUAAUCGCAAAUUGCCUGGAGCAACUUUCAGACCCCCACCCACUGCUUCGCCAAUGGGUAGCCAUAUGCCUGGGUCGCAUCUGGCAGAACUUUGACCCGGCCCGCUGGUGUGGAGUUCGUGAUAGUGCACACGAGAAGCUCUACAUCUUGUUGUCUGAUCCAAUCCCUGAGGUGAGGUGUGCUGCUGUCUUUGCUCUCGGUACAUUUGUGGGAAACUCCGCUGAGAGGACGGACCACUCCACCACGAUUGACCACAAUGUGGCCAUGAUGCUUGCCCAGCUCAUCAACGAUGGCAGCCCUGUAGUCCGCAAGGAGUUAGUGGUAGCAUUGAGUCACCUGGUCGUUCAAUAUGAAAGCAACUUUUGUACCGUUGCUCUUCAGUUCAUAGAGGAGGAGAAAAAUUAUACUGUGUCGUCGCCAGCCAACAGUUCAGAGCCUGGUAACUUAACUCCUGUGAGGGACAGUCCAGCCAUCCCACGUCUCCGAUCUGUCAACUCCUACACUAACAUUCGUGCAGUCACCACUGCCCGUAACCUGAACAAAAGCCUACAGAACCUGAACCUCAAUGAAGAAGGUGGACCUGCAGCUUUUUCACCGGGAAACCUGAGCACCAGUAGUAGCGCCAGCAGCACCCUGGGAAGCCCCGACAAUGACGAGUACAUUCUCUCCUUCGAGACCAUCGACAAAAUGCGACGGGUGUCUUCUUAUUCUUCACUCAAUUCCCUCAUAGGUGUGUCCUUCAACAGUGUUUACACUCAAAUCUGGAGAGUGCUUCUACACCUUGCUGCAGACCCUUUUCCUGAAGUAUCUGACUUGGCAAUGAAGGUCCUCAACUGCAUCGCAUACAAGGCAAUGAUGAAUGCUCGCCCUCAGAGAAUUCUGGAUUCUGGGUCUCUCACCCAGUCCGCUCCAGCCAGCCCCACCAGCAAAGGCACCCAUAUUCAUCAAGCAGGUGGCUCCCCUCCCAUGCCCAGCACCAGCAGCUCAAGUCUGACCAACGAGGUACCCAAACCCCCAACCAGAGAUCAACCUGCCACACGCCCUCCUUACACACCCACACUUGGAGGACAGGCGCCCCAUUCACACCAGUUUCCCCGCACUCGUAAAAUGUUUGACAAGGGACCUGAGCAGGCCGCUGAGGAUGGAGACGAGCCUUGUGGUCACAGAAACUACAUCAGCGCCGCCUUACAAACGGGUCUAUGUGAUUGGAGUGCCAAGUACUUUGCUCAGCCAGUGACAAAGAUCCCAGAAGAGCACGACUUGCAGAGUCAGGUGAGGAUGGAGCGGCAGUGGAGAUUUCUAAGAAAUGCUCGUGUCAAACGGCAAAGCAGAAGCAUCACACAAAGAGGUGUUUCUCGACUGGACGAUCAAAUAUUCAUCAAUCGCAAUCCCGGCGUUCCCUCUGUCGUCAAGUUCCACCCCUUCAACACCUGUAUAGCAGUAGCCGACAAGGACAGCAUCUGUUUUUGGGACUGGGAGAAAGGCGAGAGAUUGGACUACUUCUACAAUGGCAACCCUCGCUACACUCGCAUCACAGCUAUGGAGUAUCUGAAUGGGCACGAUUGCUCAUUGCUGCUCACUGCAACAGAUGAUGGAGCCUUGCGCGUUUGGAAGAACUUUGCUGACCAGAAGAACCCGGAGAUGGUGACUGCCUGGCAGGGCCUUUCUGAUAUGCUGCCAACUACCAGAGGUCAGCCUUCCACCAGCGCUCACAGCCUAGCCAGAAGGGUCUCCAUCUAUCUUGACAGGAGUAAACAAGGCGGUGCAGGCAUGGUUGUAGACUGGGAGCAAGAAACCGGUCUCCUUAUGACGUCUGGAGAUGUGCGAGUUAUCCGAAUCUGGGACACUGACAGAGAGAUGAAGGUCCAGGACAUCCCGACAGGAGCGGACAGCUGUGUGACCAGCUUGUCUUGUGAUUCUCAGCGUUCGCUCAUUGUCGCUGGUCUGGGGGACGGGUCCGUUCGAGUUUUCGAUAGGAGAAUGGGUCCAAACGAAUGUCGCAUCAUGACCUACAGAGAGCACGGCGCCUGGGUGGUCAAAGCUCACCUGCAGAAAGAGUCGGAUGGACAUAUAAUCAGCGUUAGUGUCAAUGGAGACGUUCGAUUCUUUGAGCCCCGCACUCCUGACUCUGUUAACGUGCUGCAGACAGUGAAGGGGUUAACAGCGCUCGACAUCCACCCGCAGGCUAACCUGUUUGCCUGUGGCUCAAUGAACCAGUUCAUCGCGGUGUAUAAUGCCAACGGUGAUGUGAUCAGCAACAUCAAAUAUUAUGACGGCUUCAUGGGACAAAGAAUCGGGGCAAUCAGCUGUUUAGCCUUCCAUCCUCACUGGCCUCACUUGGCAGUGGGGAGCAACGAUUACUACAUGUCCAUCUACUCAGCUGAGAAGAGGCUCAGAUAACACACCAGCAUCCUUCUCCAACAAACCCAAGCCCCUCCCACAGCCACUUUCACUACCAAAAAUCCCACCCACUUUAUGGAUUCAGAGACCUUGACCACCAGGGUGUACAUCAUGUUGUACAUAUGCAACCCCCCCACUUGAAUGUUCCAGUGUUAGCUGCUGAGAAACAUAUUAUAAUUAUCCUGAUCCUUGUUUUUUCUUGUUAUAAAGCUAAUGAUUGUAGACUUGGCAAUGCUGAGGAGUGUGUAUAUUUAAAUAGAUAUGAAGAGAGGUCAUAUUUUAAAGAAGCGGUACCCGCUGAUCACCGGGGCUUUUCCUGGCUUGGCAGCGAGCGUCACUACCUAAAUAACUUUUGAAGCCCACCUUUAGUUGGAGGACUCCGUACAUUUGGUGCAGAAAACAUGGACUUUAGACCCCUGCACCGCUCGGCAAGAUAGAGAUGAUGACCUCGUAUUUUUGCCCCACUCAUCCACAAGGCAAGCACAUGUUACUGUUUGCAUGUGUUUCACUGGGAUCUACUCCCCAAAGCUUUGCACAUAGUAAGUGAUGCUCCAAAAUGAAAGAACCCCAUGUCUUGAGUUGUCCCGCUCAGUGUGCCAAUCAUGUUUUUUUUUCAGGAAAUUGGAUUUUUCUGUUUGCUUACUGUACAUAUUUCACGCUUAAAAUAAUCACGGCAAACCUCCGUUGCCUGAAGGAUGACACAAAGCUCCUCCUCGUCACCACAAAGAAAUUGAGAGCGGUUUAAAAAGUCCUUGAGAUGAUCAUUAUGCUACUGUUGCACUCGUUGAAGUUCUACCUGGAGCGUUUCUUCCAUGUGGUCACACCCCCACACUUUGGACUGUUUUUCUUUCUUCUCUUUUUAACCAAGUGUUUUCUUGAUGUUUAAGUUAAGUGUCAUGUUCUGGUUGAAUUCCCAAACCUCACUCAGGUACCUCAACCGCCUCAGAUGACGAAAGAGCACCCACAUUUGGUAUCCGAAGGAUGACCAACAAUGUGCCUCAUCAUGGGGGCUUGAGCUUUGCUUUUGUUUUUAGUUGAUCAUUAUUCUCUUUGUUUCACAAUGCUGUUUUAACUCCGCUUGUAUUUUGUGUGCCUUGGUCUGGCUGAGCUGGGUGGAAAGGAAAUGUGAAAGCCUUAGUUUCAAACACUGUCACACACAGUUGGUUGUCCCGCCUCCUUUCAAUUUCAUCUUCAAUCUUUCUCACUAGACACGCCAAGCUUUGCUUUAAGACUGAGAAGGAAUGGUCAUGUGGAAUGGAGGUGAACAUAGAAUCCGUCAAUGAGCUCUUUUCACAAACACACACACACACACAGUCAGCCACUAUAGUUUUGGCACGGGGGCUUUGCUCGCAAAGUCCUUGCAUCAAGUUUUAAGAUUUUAGUCCAGAAACCAAGAGACUUAGGUAGUGUGAAAGGAACAGUGAAAACAAUCAGGUUUGUCUCUGUGACGCCUGCCUGUUGUUAUUGUUGUCUGGUUUAUGAAAUGGGAGGUGAAAUAAACCAAAUACAUUAUUGGA